GGGAUCUUUCCAGGAAACGCUCCCUGGUUUGGUGCUCACCUGCAGACCGACAGGUGGGAGUCAGAGCGUCUCUGUGGAAAAAGCCGGGGACGUAGAAUUGUCUUCUGUUAUAUAUUUUUAGGGACUGUCCGGAGAGCAGCGAUGGUUUGCGGCGGAUUUAUUUGCACUAAGAACGCACUCAGCGCUCUCAAUAUACUUUAUGUUUUGGUGAGUCUGCUGCUGAUCGGAGUGGCAGCAUGGGGGAAAUGGUUCGGUCUAGUCUCAAGCAUCAGGGUGGUGGCAGGGGUUAUCGGUGUGGGUAUCUUCCUGUUCCUGGUUGCCUUCGUGGGGCUGUGCGGCGCGCUGAAGCACCACCAGGUCCUGCUCUUCUUUUACAUGAUGGUCCUGUUUAUAGUGUUCAUUGUGCAGUUCUCUGUGUCCUGUGCUUGUCUGGCCCUGAAUAAAGACCAACAGAACCAUCUGCUGGAGGUCGGAUGGAACAAAUCCGAGGCCACUCAACAGGAUGUAGAAAAAACGCUGAACUGUUGUGGCUUCUCUAAUGUCGACUACAAUGGCACUUGUGCUGCUAGUUGCUUUAAGAACACCCCACCAUCUUGUGAAACCUGCUCAAACAUCAUCCAGCAGUAUGCCGGGGAGGUGCUGCAGUUUGUCGGUGGUCUUGGUCUCUUCUUCAGUUUUACAGAGAUCCUUGGAGUUUGGCUUGCCCACAGAUACAGAAAUAUCAAAGAUCCUCGAUCAAACCCUGGAGCCUUUCUAUAACCACUCACAAUUAAAUAAAUUGUGCUGGUGAAUGAUUGUUUUUGUCUUCUUAACUUAGUAAACACACUUAUCUUUGCAUUUGAAUUAUUUAAAUCAAAACUGUAUUUUUUGAUGAAUAAUUCCCACUGUUCCCACUAACACAAGAGAAGAGACAAUGUUUCUGGUUGGGAGCAUCGACUUCCUGGACACAACAAGACUCAGAAAUCCAACCAGUUGAGCCACAGCAUGAUCUUGAAGCUUUAAAGGUGCUGGUGGGCUAGUUAGUACCUUUGCACAGAGCCAGGCUACCUGUUUCCCCCUGUUUCCAGUCUUUAUGCUAAGCUAAGCCAACCGAUUGCUGGCUGUAGCUUCAUAUUUACCACAUAGACAUAACAGUCAUAAUAAUCUUAAUAAUCUUGUGCUUUAAUUCCUGACAAGAAAGCAACUAAGUGUAUUUCCCAAAAUAUGUGAAACCUGAUUAAAUAUUGCCUCUUUAAUUCAAAUCUGUCACAGGAGAAACUCACAACAGCUGUGUAUGCUCACCACACACACCUUAUGCAAAUAAAGUGCAGGUUAACACCAUGUUGGCUGAGUGACUGUAGUCACCACUCCCAGAUUAGCUGUUCACGUGUGACCACACACAGUUGUGCUUUGCAGACAGUGGGUUUUGGUGUUGGAUGUCUCAACAGCAGGAAAAGAUUAAGAUCAAAUUCAAUUCAAACCUGUUUCAACUCAAUAGACAGGUAAAUAUUAUUAGACAAAGCUUGUUUUUGUUUCAUUUGUGUAUUUAUUUCUAUUUAAUUUCUUUUUAAGAAAACACAUGAUUUUAAUAAAUUUAUACUCAAUCAUGUUUCAUCAUAUUUAUUAUCUUGCAGCCUGUGGUUUUUCUUAAUUGUCCAAAAUAAACAUUCAGAGUCACAGAACA